AUGAAGGUCACCACUAUCGCAUCCGUUCUCUGCCUCGCCGCGACCCAGCUUGUCGCUGCGGACACCGUCGUCACCUCAACGGCGACAAAUACGAUCACCAAAACGGUUUACCGUGUUGCCGCCCAAACUGCUGCUGAGAGCCUGUCGGCCACGCCGCUUGGUUCUCCGUCCUCUACGGGCUCGGUGGCCUCCAGCCAUGCGCACCACGCCAGUACUGCGUCGGGUAGCUCAGCCAGCACGGCCAGUCCGUCGGCUACUCUGAGCUCCGCUGCUGGAACCUUUGAUGCCAGCAUGCCUGUUGCGCUCGUUGCUGGCUCCGUGGCUUUCCUGUUGGGCUACCUGUGA